CUUGGCGCGUACCUCCAUCAUCAACCACCACACAACAUGCCUCGCGCCGCCUCAUCCAACACGCUGACCGCACAGAACCAACAAGAACUUAUCUCAGAGGGUAUCGAGAACUUUGAGCUUCCGAAGAGUGUCGUGACGAAGAUUGCGAAGAGCGCGGUGCGUGAAGGGAGCCCAUGUCCCGCGGAAUGCUGCCACGCAAGUAUCCCUUCCUGCAUCCCCUCCUUCCCCUUUCUGAUCCAUUGCAUUCUCCUCAGUGCACACGAUCUUGCGCUCCAAAAAGCUCACAAGAGCGUCUCCGCCUCCGACGUCCUCAAAGCUCUCGAGGUUCUCGAAUUCGGCGACCUCGUCGAACCCCUCAACACCGAACUCAACAUCUUCCGUGGCGCACCCGCAAAACCCGCCGAUAACAAGGGCCGCCGCUCCUCGACCGCGACCAUUUCAGGGACGUAUACAUCGGCUACCACAGGCGGAAAGGGGAAGGCGCCGCCGGGGACGACCGCGAGCAAAGGGCCUGCAGUUGGCAGCGCAUCGACCGCAGGCAAGGGAAAGGCGCGAGAGGAUGUAGCGUAUGCUGCGGCCGGCGCAUCGAUCUCAACGGGGUAUCCUGCGCAGGAGGACGUGGAUAUGGACGCGGAUGUGGACGCGGCGAUUCUGGACGCGGCGGGGGUGGGGGAGGAAGAUUCACGGCAGGCGCACGAGGAAGCGCGACUUGCGGCCGAGGCGGCGUAUGCGCUCGAGGGGCGGUCGCCUCCACAUGCGGCCUCCUACUCCGAAGAUGCCGGCGACAUGGACACGGAGCCUCCAGAAGACCUCAUGGCAGUCGAAGAGGAGGAGCUGCGACAUGAUGCGCGGGGUGUGGAAGAGCGUGACGCUCCUCACUAGUCUAGCCUGCUCGUUCUUUGAAGUGCCUUUGUUCGAAUGACGGAGUCUGUCUCGCUUUUCGCACUCGAACCCCGAC